CUCGCUGAUCGCUGAUAUACUCACUCCCAACAGCCUGCACACGACCACCCACUCUCUUCACACAACUUAACUACACACCGCCUGUCAGCUUUCAUCUCCAUCUCCAUCCUCAUCACUCAUCUCAUUUCACUCCAUCGCCGCUCGUCUCAAAAGGCGGCCGUCUUCCACAAAUACACCAACUGCGGCAACUCCUUGGUCAUCACUCACUGCUCCCCCUCCCUCUCACGACAUGCAGUCAACCCAGUCUUCCCCCACCGGCUCCUCUCUUCUCCACCUCUGCAGACCACCUCAGCUCAAGUCCUCCCCAUCCAACAGGGCCAAUCUUGAAGUGGUCGUCUGCGAUGACAUGCCUACUGAGCCCGCUGUAAAGUCCGUCUGCUCCUCCCCGACCUCGGGCUUCUUCCCCCGUCCAGCUCCCCCUACCAUGAAGCUCGACACGAUGGUUGGUCUCCCCCGGCCAUUCCCUCUGCGUCGCGCCACAUCCGACAUCGGCUGCACCUCAUCCGUGACUUCCUCGGCGAGCACCUCUCUUGAGCACGUUGCUUGCACCGCCGGUCUCAGGUCGUCUGACCCAACCGCUCUUGUAGCCAAGCCUCGUAGCGAAUGGCAGCGUGACGAAGACACUGCUCUUUGCAGCCACCCCUUCUGCUCAACCAUGUUUUCCCAGACAGCCCUCCCCAUUGGCCCUCGCCGGCACCACUGUCGUCUCUGCGGCCUCAUCUUCUGUGGCCAGCACUCGACCGGCCGCCUCCCUCUCGAAACAAAGUCCUCGAAGGGCGAGACGGUUGUCCGCACCCUCCGUGUCUGUGACGGUUGCUGCGCAAGCACUGAGGACGAUGCCCGCCGCCCGAGCGAGACCGCGCCGAGCCUCACCAGCUCCUUUGCCUCUGCAUUUGACGACGAGCUCCUUGCAAGCCCUCAGCUCUUCCCCACUCGCUCCAUCCACCGCUCCAAGUCGCAGUCGGCCAUGGACGAGCUCGAGCCACGCCUUGCGCCCAUCGAGGAGUGGAUGGACCGCUCUGGCAUUCUCUCUCUGUAUCCCCUCGCCGUCAUGCCUUCCCACUCGAAGCGUCCUGCCUCCCGUACGACCCAGCCGGCCGUUGGUCCGCUCUUCGCGCCGACGUUGAGCGAACGCCGCACCGCCCGCGAGAAGCAGCUCCAGCGACAGAGUCGGCGGCGCAUGUGGGUCUCGACUCCUGUAACGAGCGACGUCGAAUCCAAUGACGAGGGCGACUCAUCGAGCUGGUCCCUGCGUAACAGCGAGAGUGGCACGCGCACCCCACAAGAGCGUGAGGUCAAGCACGAGUGGUCGACCUUCUAAGUCGCUCCACCAGCCUGACAACCAAACACUACUACUACAUAUCCAUAACCGUAUAGACUACCCAUAGACCCAGUAUCCAGUACCCCACUUGUUGUUGUUUAUAACCUCUAUGUGAACACUUAGCCUCUUG